AUGUUUCUGAGGAGAUCCAGCAACUUGUCUCUUCUCUUCGUCUGCCUGACGACUGUGAUCCCCAUGGCGAGCUCGCUCUCCUUCAACUUCUCUGGUUUCGACAACGAGACGACGUCAAGGAUCGAGUUCCAAGGCGACGCAUCGUUGCUGGACAAGGAGAUCCAUCUCACGAGCUCCCCCAUGCAAUACAGCGUCGGCAGACUCCGCCUCUGGGAUGCCACCACGAGGGAGCUGGCUGAUUUCACCACCCACUUCUCCUUCGUCAUCAACUCCUCCGAUCCCUUAACCCCCCACGGCGACGGCCUCGCUUUCUUCCUCACUGCGUAUCCUCCCACCCUGCCUGCCUACUCCCGGGGCGCCUUCCUCGGCCUCUUCAGCAACAGCUCUGUCGAUGGCUCGAGUGUCAGCACGGUGGCGGUCGAGUUCGACACCGUUCCCAACGCGUGGGAUCCGCUCGCCGACCACGUCGGAAUCGAUAUCGACUCGAUCACAUCAAGCGCAACUUUGCAGUAG